GUAAAAUUCAAAAUUGAAGCCCAAAUUGAGGGAGGAAAAUGCCGCGCAACAAAGACGAGGCACCUGCUGUUCGCGUCUAUACCGUUUGCGACGAAUCUAAGUAUUUGAUCGUGAGGAAUGUUCCGGCAUUAGGAUGUGGUGAUGAAUUGAAUAAAUUAUUUGCAGGAUUCGGUGAAAUUGAUCAAUUUAUACCUCUAGAUGAUGAAGAUUGUGAGCCAUUUACUGAUGUUUAUUGGAUCAAGUUUCGUCAAGUAAACAAUGCUAGGUUUGCGAAAAGGAAGUUGGAUGAUUCGGUGUUUAUCGGAAAUAAGCUUCAAGUCUCGUAUGCACCGCAAUACGAGAGCCUAAAUGAUACGAAGGAGAAGUUGGAAGGUAGACGAAAAGAAGUUUUAGCUAGACUUAAUCCUGGAAGGUCCAAGGGCCCUAAUGUUUCGACUGCAGUUUCUUCUAGUCAUUCUGUAUCAUGUGCAACUUCAUCUCAGCCGAAUUUCAUAUCGGAGCCUUCAAACUUUCAACAGAGGGAACAGAGAGAGCUCCAGCCUGGUCGAACUUUUCCCUCGACAGUUUCUUCUAAUCAGGAUUACUUUCCAGUGGAGUCGAUGAAUCAGACAGUUAGGUUGGUCAGGGAAACACUUAACAAGAUUGAGUCGGAUACAGAGACCUUGAAAGCAGCAUCUUCUAAGAGACCCCGAACUGACAAUAGAAGAAGAAUCUAAUAGUCAUGAGCUGCUGAUAGUCUCGGUUAACUUUUGUUAUGUCAGAUGCCAGUAUAGAGAAAUUGGAUGCUUUGUUUUUCUCAGAAUACAGCUUCUUCCAACUAUUAUAUGUCUACUACAGAGCUAGUAUCAAGUUGCUUUAGUUGAUAUUUAGCUGGUUGACGUUCAUACUUUUCUGAACUGGAAGCUGGGGAUGCCUUUAGUGAAGUUGCAGCUAAGCUUCUUAUGCAGAAAUUUUUUAUGAAGGAUGGCAGAACAUGCAGUUUUUUCAGUUGAUUCGAGAAACUUAUCUUAUUAUUUGUAAGAGUAUCUCUUCAACUUUUCGGAAGGUAUAGUAGAAAAAUAGAAAGGAUGCAAAUGAAAAUUCAGUUAAAAGUUAAUGUGAACUUGUGAAAAAAUCAGCCUUUAGAGUUUCAUUUAUUCCAUCUUCUGCAUGCACUGCAGGUAUUUAGAGUAAUUUAAACUUUGUUAACAGAGUAUUGUUUUCUCUAUUGAUUUUUUCCUUUAUUACUUCAAUAUGAGGUUUUCUUGAGUUCUUGUUUGAGGUUGAACCUUCGGUGUUAAGCAGUCCAGUUCACUUCAGCUCAUCCAAUUGGUGCCUCAGAAUUGUGCUGAUGUGUGACUCACUUGAGGAUAAGAAUCAAUUUUGAAAGAGGCUCUCUAUAUUUGAGUAAGUGCAUCCAUUAACACCGUACAUGUAGGU